AUGACCCUUGACCACCAAAUCGUCCACCAAACUCUCAAACAGUCACACCCUCCAGGGCCAAGCUGUGUGCUUCUGCCACAACAUGGACUUAGGAGUCCGGACAGUGAUGCUGGCCUCCCAGGAAACCCACUCACCAAGUCACUAGCUCUUGGGAAAGAAGAUGGCAGUGAGGAAUGGCAUUUAUCUGGAAAUAUUUUGGAUGUCUAUAGUGGCGAGCCCGGGAUUUCACCAGUUAAUAUGGGGCUUACAAGUGCUUCCUGUCCAAGUGGUUUACCAAUGAAAAGAGAAAUUACAGAAACUGACACUAGAGCUUUGGCAAAGGAAAGACAAAAAAAGGACAAUCACAACCUGAUUGAAAGAAGAAGAAGGUAUAAUAUUAAUUACCGAAUCAAGGAGCUUGGCACACUUAUUCCAAAGUCUAAUGACCCUGAUAUGCGCUGGAACAAAGGAACCAUCCUAAAAGCAUCAGUGGAGUACAUCAAGUGGCUACAAAAAGAACAACAAAGAGCCCGGGAGUUAGAACACAGACAGAAGAAAUURGAGCAGGCUAACAGGCGACUUCUACUCCGAAUUCAGGAACUAGAAAUACAAGCUCGAGCUCAUGGUCUGCCAACCCUGACUUCACUUGGCACUGUUGAUUUAGGUGCCCACGUCACCAAACAGCAGACCCAUCCUGAGCAGAAUUCAGUAGACUAUUCCCAACAACUAACUCUGUCUCAGGGGCCAAGCCCUGAGCUCUGCGAUCAAGCUCUGGCCUUCUCUGAUCCUUUGUCACACUUCACAGAUUUAUCAUUUAGUGCCGCUUUGAAAGAGGAACAAAGAUUGGAUGACAUGCUACUGGACAACACAAUAUCCCCGUUUGGAACAGACCCUCUGCUAUCUGCUGCUUCCCCUGCAGUUUCCAAAGCAAGCAGUAGGAGAAGUAGCUUUAGCUCAGAGGAUGGUGAUGAGUUUUAA